AUGAUAUCCCACGUACGACUUUAUAAGCACGUAUCAACGGACGUCAAAGACUCAAAACCGCGUCGAAUUACGCGCAAAUUCGUUCAAAUUGACCGAAAUCGAGGAGAAUUCAUUAAAGAAAUAGAUAAUCUCUAUAGAUAUACGUGGAGCGGCACCCCGACCCGAUUCUCGAACUAUAUUAAAUGGCACCUAGAAAUCUAUAUACGAUAUUUAAGAUAUUAUAAUUAUGAACGCGCUAAAUACGAGGAUCUAAAGAUCAUUAAAGAAUACGUCUACGCCAAGACCGGGAGAUCCCAAGGGUCCUGUACAGGCCCUGUAUUAGAAUUACCACUCGCUUGGCCUACUCGAUCCGAGUAA